AUGAAGGUUUUACUGUAUUUACUUGCAAUAGUUAAAGUUUGUUCCUGUACAGGUGAUAAUGAACAGUCUAGUAAUCUUUGGAGAGGAAUUGCCUAUGAUGAUGGUCUUCGCUACGACGAUCAUCACGACCCAAUAGUGCGACCCUGUUCUCUUCACGACGUGGACUGCAUCAGGCGUUUCUUCGCCCAUAACUCCAAAUGCUCACCCGUCCACAAGCCAGGAUCUGACACUUACAGGAUCAAGACCUUACCCUUAUUCAUAGCUCACGUCAAUGUUUCUUUCACAUUGAGUUAUAUGGAGCUGAAAGGCUUGAAUAAUUAUACAAUUAACGAGUUUUAG